AUUUUUUACAGUGCAGAGGUCGGGUGACGCCCCUCCCCUGCCUCUCCAUCACCAGCAUCAGCACCCCCAAGCCGAGCGAGGCGAACCGCGGCUGGAAGAGGAUGCUCUCCGGUCCGUGAUGCCCCAAAGCUCGACGAGUCAAGACGAUGAGACGGCUAACCGGAGAGACGGCGGGGUCAAAGUGAUGAAGAGCCUGGUUUUAUCUUUUGAGGGCGCCGCGCGAAUGUAGGGCUAACGCAGGAAAGCCAAGCGAACAAAAGGCAUCCAGCCCCCCUCCUCUGACGCACCUGGCUGCCCUGUCGCCACUUGACAUGACAGCUCAGAGCCGGGAGCAGAGCAGCAGGAUCAAGGGGCACCGACGUGCAGCCGGACGUGUGGACUCGACAAGGAACAGAGGAGCCUCCGGACGCGCGGCGGAGAAGCAGCAGCAGCCCAGGGGAGGCCGGAUUGCAGUUUCUGGGGACGAGCGCCAAGGGCAGUGCGGCAGUCAGCAGGCAGACCGGGGGGAGGAGGCUGCAGAGAUCUGUGAUACUUCGCCUCCAGUCCCCCACUGCGCUCUCACCUCCAUAUCAUCCCGAAAAUAUGCUGGUGGACGCUUUUAUGUUUGAUGAUUGGUGACUGUGUUACUUCCCAUCAUUUUGUCCUCCUUUUUCCUCCCAAACAAGCAGUGAUGAUGGGAUAUUAAAAGAUUGAUCUGCUCUUCAGGCAAGGGUGGAACCCGGAGGGGACUGAUGUGCAUACUGGCCAGGUAUCAUUUGCUCCCUUCUUCUCUGGUUUUGCUCAUUUUGCUUGUCGCCUGCACUAUGGGCUGUAUUCAGAGCAUCGCAUGCAAGCCCCGCAUCAGACGGGAGAACAUUGUGGUGUAUGAGGUGUCAGCCUCUAUCGACCAGUGUCCCACCAUCAUUGAGGAGAACUCACCAAUUGUGCUCCGUUACAAGACGCCUUACUUCAGGGCCUCAGCAGGAGUAGUGAUGCCGCCAGUGCCCCGAAACGAAACCUGGGUGGUGGGCUGGAUCCAAGCUUGCACCCAGAUGGAGUUCUACAACACCUAUGGUGAUAUUGGCAUGUCCAGCUGGGAGUUACCAGAGCUGAGAGAGGGUCGGGUCAAGGCCAUCAGCGACUCAGAUGGAGUCAGCUACCCCUGGUACGGCAACACCACUGAGACGGUCACCCUGACUGGCCCAACAUCCAAACCGUCCCGCCUGACGGUCAGCAUGAACGACAACUUUUACCCCAGCGUGACGUGGGCUGUGCCCAUCAGCAACAGCAACACCCCCAUGCUGACCCACAUCACCAGGGACCAGAGCUUCAUCACCUGGCUGGUGGCCAUGAACUCUAUCACCAAGGAGCGUAUCGUGUUGCAGACGGUGCGGUGGCGGAUGCGGGUGGACAUCGCCGUGGACCCAGACAUGCCUCUGGGCUCACGGGCCUCAUUGGUGGGUCGUCCCUACCAGGAGCAACCGCACAUCCUCAACUACCAGGAGCCCAUUCCUCCCAAUGCGCUGGGGAGGCCGAACGCCAACGACGCCCAAGUGCUAAUGUGGAGGCCACGGAGAGGGGCACCACUAGUGGUCAUACCGCCAAAAUAGGAGGCUUGGAUGGUUCCACAGACAAAAGUAUAAUCGUUCCCUCUUGCAGAAGAGUGGGGGAUGCAAUUGGUGAAGUUGUGAAGCCCAUCAGAGAUUAGAGGACUGAUGGUUUCCCUGCGCUGAAGAUGCCAAUAGCUCAUUAUUCUUGAAAGAUUUAAGCGGACCAUUAUAACAAGCCAGAGAGGAUGUUACAUCUUGGAUCUGACACAGUUCGAUGUCAGAAUGGGAGUCUACAACGAACUAGUGUCAAUGGCCCGGAGAUGCAUCACGGCUUUUUUGGCCCUCGACAAGUUUUGGACUGCAUUCGAGAGUUCUGCCUGCCUUUUAGUAAAGAAGGAACACUGUUUUUAGAUGUACCACAGAGGUAUUAGACCACAACAAGAACUGCAUCCUGCAUCCUUAUGUAGAUCUUAUUGCAUGAGAUGAGAGUGAAAGAGACAAAAACUGUCCUUUGAGAAGAAUAAGAAUAGCAUUUGUUUUGUAUAACUUGAUACCUGAAGACAUUGUGAUUGAGAAGUCGCAUCAGCCAAAAAAAAAAAAAAAAACCAACAACAAAAAACCCUGCGGGCUGGUUAAACCUCGUAUGUGCCAAUAAAGGCCUUCAGCACACUCAGUACCAGAGUUAAAGGAUGUAUUCAGAUAAUUUAAAAGAGACAAAAAAGUAUUAUAUGAAUCUUUUUAGGUUAAGAUUAAACUCAUGCAUCAGUCAGAUUGUAUUAAGAGCACCCACUCAGCAUAAAAGUCUGGAAGAAAAACAAAUCUGCUGUAGUUUUCACUGGAGUUUUGCUAAUUCACUCACAUUUUUCAACUCCGUAGCCUCAGUAGUGCAGCUGAUACUGUAUUCAGACGGGUGACAAACCAUCAGAGAGAUGAGCUCGACCUGUUACCACAUUGUAAUAAAUAAUGUCAGCUAUGCUUUCAAUAAGUGCGGUGAAAUGACUUGGAAUGGUGCCAUACAACAAAUUGAAAUCAAGAGGGUGAUAGCAGUCAGAGCCACAUAUAUCAUAGCUGGAAUGGGGCCGAACUGAACUCAGACCAAGGGUAGAUUUAAUGUGGCAGUAAUCAGGCCAUCUUGUAAUAUCGUGACAAAGUUUCAUACAUUUUCUGACAAUCAGGGAUUCUAAAUGUACCCUUAACAGUUUCUCUAGCGUGGACUUUAACCAGACCACAUUUUGAAAAAGAAUUGAUUUGGAUAAGUGCCAUUUUUUAACACUGGUUGUAUGAGGUCACAUCACAGCAUCUCCUCAUUUCAUGAAUAUGUACUAUUUAGUAGUAGGUUUCUGCAGAUAAUCACAGAUGAAGGUAUUCCUGUGUCAUGGUUAUGGUCCUGGGCUCUGUCCAAGUCCCUGCCUGCCACUCCAAACACGAGUCACAUGACUCAUCCUCCAUCUGUGCUUCUCUCCAGGUUCACACCUCACCUUACCAUCUGCCUCUAUCUGCCCUGUCUGUCCACCUCAUCACAUACACUACCUCCAUCCCAGAAUGCUCAUUUUGCUCUUAAAUCCACAACUAUGCAAAGAUUGUCUGUGACUGUAUAACAAAACAAACAAACAAAAAAAAAAACAGAGGGAGAAAAACUGGCAAAAUAAGAGAGAUUUCUUUUAAAUGUCUCAAUUCUGUUUUUAUCUUCAUUUAUUUGUCAGGGUCUUUGUUGAAUAAAAUGGCUGUUACUACCA